GUGCAGAACAAAAACAGCUGGCAUGCACUACUUAAUUCGUAGAAUAUUUCAUAGUGCGUGAACACACUCUCUCUUUCUCUAUCUCUCUUUCUCUCCAGCAGUUCAACUAUUCAUUAACAACAAAAAUUCAGCCAUGGCUGAGCAAGUCCAAGAAACAUCGCUACAAGUGGUGAACAAGAAUACGAGAUUGGGAGAGACGGACGUCCAAGAUUGCAGGCUAUGGCAUCACUUGAUCUUCUGCCAAGAGAUCGAAAACGAUGACCAGAAACAAGCUCUUUGCUGGCUGUGCAACGAACCAGCAUCGGGAAGUCCCGCCUACAAAUGCUUGAAAUGCAACUUCCGCCAACAUAAAUCAUGCAUUGACAGACCACACGGCGUAGAUCUUGAAAUAGAACAUAAAUAUUGGUGGAAACGACAUCACUUGAUGCUCAUAGCCAUAGACAUCACUAUUAACGUUGUUUGCUCAGGAUGCAAGGAAACAGUAUUUGGUCCCGCCUAUGAAUGCUCCAUACCCGAAUGCGCCUUCCUUCUCCACAAAUCGUGCGGCGAACUAUCCAACGCGAUCCAGCACCCUAUCCACCCAGACCACACCCUUCUUCUCCAAGAGCCAUCAGCGGGUGAUGACUGUUCUGUUUGCCACAAAAAUUGCAGCGGGUCCUUCUUUUACCGUUGCCGCCUCUGUUCUUUCAACCUCGACGUCGUAUGUGCUUCACGCUGGAGAACCAACGCCGACGAUUGCCUCAAACACGCACUUGUCCCCUUGCGGAAGGGGAUACGGUUCACUUGCGAAUCCUGUGGCGAGGAAGCCAUGGAUGGCGGCAACAUGUGUAGCGAAUGUCGAGUCUUGAUUCAUGUUUAGUGGAAGACCAAAAGGUUAAUCCUCAGGAGAUCAAUCAUUUCAGUCAUCCACAACAUAAUUUAAUCCUCAGCAAUGAAGAGCUCAUGGAUGACAUGCGUUGUGAGGCGUGCAUGCAUUUAAUC